CGUCACAUACAAAGCCACCUAUUUUUCAUUCAGUCUACAAGCGGCGGCACAAAAGCAUCACAGAGUGACAAAAUGAAUGUGGAACAUGAAGUCAGUCUGCUUGUUGAGGAGAUUCGUCGACUGGGCAACAAAAAUGCAGAUGGGAAGAUCAGCGUCAAAUUUGGAGUCUUGUUUAAUGAUGACCAGUGUGCCAACCUCUUUGAAGCUCUGGUCGGAACAUUGAAAGCGGCCAAGCGAAAGAAGAUCAUCGCAUUUGAAGGGGAGCUUUUACUGCAAGGAGUUCAUGAUAAUGUGGAUGUCAUAUUACUGCAGGAUUGAAUUUGACGGUCUUUUUCAGACGUCACUGCUUCAGUGAAAGCAAUCUACAUUUUGAUAAGGAAAUAUACAUGAGAAUGUAAGAUUUUUGUAAACUGCAUUGGAAUAUUUUUAUACACCAGUUUUUUUUCUCUCAGGGGAGUGAUUUGCACAACAGUUUUAAGAACGUUGCAAUCUUCCCUGUUUAAUCACGUACAGCUGAAUAGCUAUAUCAUUAAAACAUUACAUUACAACA